CCGCUUCAUCCGCAGCCGCCUGUGACCUUGACUCUCGGUUCCCCCAGCGUCCAUCUCCUGGCAGCAAAGCUGUCGAGAACCUGAGCCACAGGUUGUCUGUCGGAGCUACCCUUGACUGAACCCUCAGCUUUAUUCCCUGUAGCUUUUAGGUCCCUCAGCACUGGAGGCAUGGCAGAGUUUGGGAUCUCUACUGGCCAGCUUGUGGCAGUGGUCUGGGAUAAGUCAUCUCCCAAGGAAGCCCUGAAAGAACUGGUGGAUGUACUUCAAGGGUUAACUGGCAGCGAGGGCCAAGUAUUCACAGAAAACAUCAACCAGCUGUUGCAGUCUGCCCAUAAAGAAUCCAGCUUUGAUGUUAUUUUGUCUGGUGUAGUCCCAGGAAGCUCCACUCUGCACAGUGCUGAGAUUCUGGCUGAGAUGGCCAGAAUUCUUCGGCCAGGGGGAUGUCUUUUUCUGAAAGAACCAGUGGAGACAGCUGUGGUUAACAAUAACAAAGUAAAGACAGCAUCCAAGCUGUGUUCGGCACUGACUCUUUCUGGCCUUGUGGAAGUAAAAGAGUUGCAGCGGGAGUCCUUAAGUCCCGAGGAGGUACAGUCUGUCCAGGAACACCUGGACUACCACAGUGACAGCCUGCUCUCGGUUCAGAUCACUGGCAAAAAGCCAAACUUUGAAGUGGGUUCAUCUAGCCAGCUUAAACUUUCUGUCAGCAAGAAGUCUACUUCUGCGAAACGUGCUGUGGACCCUGCAGCUGCCAAGCUCUGGACCCUCUCAGCCAAUGACAUGGAGGAUGAGAGCAUGGAUCUCAUUGACUCAGAUGAGCUGCUAGAUCCAGAAGAUUUGAAGAAGCCUGAUCCUGCUUCCCUACGGGCUCCUUCAUGUGGGGAAGGGAAAAAGAGGAAGGCCUGUAAGAACUGCACCUGUGGCCUUGCAGAAGAACUGGAAAGAGAGAAGUCAAAGGUGCAGAGCACUCAGCCCAAGUCUGCCUGUGGAAAUUGCUACCUGGGUGAUGCUUUCCGAUGUGCCAACUGUCCCUACCUUGGGAUGCCAGCCUUCAAGCCUGGGGAGCAAGUACUCCUGAGCAAGAACAGUCUACAGGAUGCUUAGGAGGAACCUUGGCACAUACCACCUCCUCUAGCCAACUCCUGUCCCUCAGCUUCCACCAAUGGCUCCUCCUCCCAUUUCUGGAUUCUUUGAAGCCAUUUUUGGGGAGGGGUUUGUCUCAGUGAAGGUGCUGUGGGUGCAGAGGUGUGUAGUGCUGCUGUAUAUUAAAAGACCAAUGUAUGAAGGGACCUGCUUCAUCUAGUGUUAGGAGGAGGAAGAGUGCCCCAAGAAGCCCCUCUCCUGAUGUUACAGUGCUGACCUUUCACCCUUGAGCCUAGACAUUCUUGAAUAUUUAUGAUGUGUGACAAGCUUCAGGCCCCAUUGGUGUCUUAAGUUCAGUGAUGCUGCCACCUACUGGACUUCCUCAGUAUAUAGUUCUUGGAGUCAUGAAACAGCUGUCACAGGACCUCAGGGCACCAAAGAAUCACUCCUCUGGUUGCUGUGAUCCAUCUUGGGUCCCUCUGCCCCUCUUAUCUCACCCCAUUUUACUGUAGUGUUGUAUGUGUCCUGUUGUCAUUUCUGUUAACCAACAGAUAUUAAACUUGUGUUUCUGUGUAUAUGUGUGAAGAGGGUGUGUAUGUGUGUGUGUGGUGUGUGUGUGUGUGUAAGUGUAAGAGAGAUCUGUCAUGGAGUCAUCCACAUACAACUUGAACCAUAAAGCAACUUUUUUUCUUUUGGCAGAGUCUUACUCUGUAGUCCUGGUUGGCUUGGAGCUCUCUAAGUAGACCAGGCUGACCUCAGAGAUCUGUGUAGACCUGCCUUUGUCUCCUGAGUGCUGGGACUAAAAGUGUGUGCCACCAUGCCCGGCUAAAGGUUCCAUUAGAAGGAGCUCAGUGUCACAUGGGAGUGGGGUCUGAGCUACCCUUAUGGAUUAGGACCUGUCUGUCUCCUAGGAGGACAUGGGGAGAAGCAGUGUAGUUUGGACCAGCAGUAAGUCUCAGAGUAGGUCCCCUUCAGUCAUCUCCCUGCUGCCUACCUACAUACUACAUCUUGCCAGGUAUUUGGAGAGAUGGUAUGGAUUUAAGAGACCUGAACUUCUGUAUUUCAGCAAUAAAAAGUGUUGAUUGGUA